AUGAUGGACAUGGAGAAGCUCUACAGCCCUCCGUCGCCGCUCGACCACUGCGUGCUGGACAGUCCUCUGUGUCCGGACUUCAUCGGGGGAAUUAAAGACCUUCAGUCCAUGGAGGAGGACGCUCUCAGCAGCUUGGAGGUGACCGAGAACCAGUCGUCGUGUCUGGGCUCCGGAUCGGAGAGCUCCACUGCGUUAGAUGCACUGACUCCGGCGUCCAGCCCGUCGUCGGGGGGGUACGGUGGCCCGGCGGGUCAGGACGAGUUCACCUCCAGCUCUCUGACCCUGGAGUGUCGCGUGUGUUCGGACCGGGCGUCAGGAUAUCACUACGGAGUUCACGCGUGUGAGGGCUGCAAGGGUUUCUUCCGCCGGACUAUUCGCCUCAAACUGGAGUACGAUAAAUGUGAACGCCGCUGUAAGAUCCUAAAGAAGAACCGAAACAAAUGCCAAUACUGUCGCUUUCAGAAGUGCCUGUCUGUGGGCAUGUCCCACAAUGCCAUCCGCUUUGGACGAAUGCCACAGUCGGAGAAGCUGAGGUUGAAGGCAGAAAUCCUAACAGGAGAACGAGAGAUCGAGGACCCACAGCUGGCGGAUCAGAAAACCCUGGCCAAGCAAAUCUACGAGGCCUACCUGAAAAACUUCAACAUGAACAAAUCCAAAGCACGGACCAUCCUGGCGGGCAAGACGAGCACACCUCCGUUUGUCAUCCACGACAUGGAGACGCUGCAGCUGGCCGAACAGACUCUUGUGGCCAAGAUGGUAGGCUCUUCUGGAGCGCUGCUGAAUAAAGACGCUGAGGUUCGGAUAUUCCACUGCUGUCAGUGCACUUCUGUCGAGACGGUGACCGAGCUGACUGAAUUCGCCAAGUCCGUGCCAGGAUUCUCAGACCUGGACUUAAAUGACCAGGUGACUUUAUUAAAGUACGGCGUCCACGAGGCGCUCUUCGCCAUGCUGGCGUCAUGCAUGAAUAAAGACGGUCUGCUGGUGGCGUACGGCAGCGGCUUCAUCACCAGAGAGUUUCUCAAGAGCUUGCGACGGCCCUUCAGUGAAAUGAUGGAGCCCAAGUUUCAGUUUGCUAUGAAGUUCAACUCCCUCGAGCUGGACGAUAGUGACCUCGCACUGUUCGUCGCUGCCAUCAUCUGCUGUGGAGAUCGGCCGGGCCUGGUGAACAUCCCGCACAUCGAGCGAAUGCAGGAGAAUAUCGUAAACGUGCUUCAUGUGCACCUCAAGAGCAACCAUCCCGACAACGGCUUCCUCUUCCCUAAAGUCCUGCAGAAACUGGUGGACCUGCGUCAGCUGGUGACGGAGCACGCUCAGCUCGUGCAGCAGAUCAAGAAGACAGAAGAGACUUCGCUGCAUCCCUUACUGCAGGAGAUUUACAGAGACAUGUACUGAGACUCCUUCGUCUGUUUGAUUUCUAGAAAAAUACUUGCUCGGAGAGGGCCAUUUCUCUCAAAACAAGUCCCCUCCACGGCUACACUGUGAUCUUUUAUUAAUGUGAACCACUAUUUCGGGGAUUUCUGGAUGAAAACGGCAGGAACAUCAGGGCUCUUCGUUACCGCCGAGUGAAACAAUGGUUUCUGCGGUAAAUGAGAAAAACAAGACAAUGCCAAUUAAAAUGCAUCCUGUGGGUUUAGGAUCGCUUUUUACGGGGGAUAUUUUAUAAACACUUACUGGUCUCUUGGGCCUGAAACUGUGAAUAGAAACCAUAAAAUACAACUUAUUCAUACAGCAAUAUGAUUUUUUUUUAUAUUGAUGCUGUAAGUUUUCAUAGUGCGUGCUUUAAAUCAGUUUUCACCCAAGUGACUUCCACACACACCUUCUGUAAUUACUGAAACUGACCCUACUUUGUAACGCUACAGGGAUUUUUGCUUCGUCGUGAACACAGAACUAAUGUUUUUGAUCACGCAAACCUGGGAAAAAUAUAAAUGUGACGCAGAAUAAUUCAUCUCAAACAUCGUCCAGCCAUCGUAUUUCAACAUUUGCAAAUGUCUAGCUCCUUCAUUUCCCCGAUAUUACAGUCUCAGUCCGUAACUCCAGUUUUCCAGUUAUUAAAUGCAGCGCUUAAAUAUAAAACAGAUCAAUACCUCAUGACCUGUGACUUCUAUGCGCUCCAUGUUGUUUUCAGUAAUCUACUGUUUAAAGGGCUAAAGUAGCGAGAAAACUACAAAUGUGAUCUACAGCAUUUAUACUCUGCACAAAAAAAUGGAGUGAAAUGUAUUAAUGCAUUAAUAUUUGAUCGAACCACGCUCUCGAUGCAUGUUAAAGAUGCAAUAGAUCUGAAUCCAGGUGAUUUAAGAAGUUUUAGUUCUGGGCAUCAUUCUGUGUAGAGCUCGCAUUUUCUUCCUCGUGAAUUUGUUUUAC